GCAAAGAAACAUCAAAGGCAUUAUGCUGAAGUGCACCAAUUACUCCCUGGGCCUGCUGUUAUCUAGCAGGUCAAACCCACCCCAGGCACCCUAACUUAUUUAUUAGCCUUCCUCUACAACCCAAUAGAGAGCAGAAAAAAUGGAAAGAGGACACUAAAGGAUCAGAAGAAAAGAUACCACAGACAGCCCCUCACAUGGGCAAGAAAAGAGGCAUCAUGUGGGAUGGAGCAAGGGGGAUACAGAGCUCACUGAUUUUUAACAGAGUGCAAGACAGUGUCUUGCAUGAAGGUGUAUGGGUGGGAAAGGGAAGUAUUAAGGGCAAACCCGGACAUGUUGACAUGGCAAAAAAUCACACAGACAAUUGCAAAACUACACAGAAAAAGAUGGAUGGACACGAAGAUCCAUCACUGUGUGCUAUGGGUCAGAUGCUUACUGCUAUAAAUGAAAUCCCAGCUAUUUCUCAAAAAAGUAUCUAUGACUUAGCUAUGCUACGUCCUGUAUGAAACAAAGGAAAACAACCAAGAAACAAUACAAAAGGACUCCCCUGCCUUAAACCUGGUCACACUCUAUUAGGGAUUACCAGGGUGCUUUCAGGUUCCCUUCCCAGCAGGAGGCAGCAAACAGAAGACGAGAAAUCAACACUAAAAAUACUGACAAGCUGCUGUCAGUAUAGCCCAAAUACUGCAGCCUGUAGAUCACCAAGGCUAUAGCCACCUCUACCACUAGUGGGUAGCACUAGUUAAGACACCUUUGAAUUUUCUUUUCACAAAGUUCUUUAGAAGCUGUUAAGGGAAACUCAGGCAUAAUUAUAGGAGAGAUACAGCAGAAGCAGUUUCUGGCCUGAGUUUACAACAGUAUUCACCAGGAGCCCCAUGUCCUUUCAGCAGAGCUGCUGCCCAGCCCUCCCUGCCCAGCCUGCAGCUCCACAGAGGCUGCUCCAUCCCAGAGCCUGCAGGUUCCCUGCAGCCAGGGUGGUUUCUGCACCCAAGGUCCUUCACAGAUCUACAAUCAAAUGUUCUUCAGACUGACCCAACCAGGAGUAAGAGCUACUCUCUCAGCCCACUCCUUAUAGGGGAUAAAUUCACACAACCCAUAUGUUAUCACAUAGCUUAGCCACUGCUCUGUCAUCCUCAUACCUUAUUCUGCAUCUCAAAAUAACUGAUAAAAGCAGGUGGUUAUCACAACGUAUUGCUCUGCUGUUUGACAGGAACAGUUUGUGAAUAUUUAGCACCUUGCUCCCAGUUUGUUUCUUAGAGGCAAAGAAAUUUCUAUCACAUGCAAUGAAGCACAAAGGAGAACUCAGUUUUUAAAGAGCAUUACACAGCCUUACAUUUCUCAUGUCAGUAGUGUUCUUUCAAUAAAUGAUGCUGCAGAAGUAAGACAAUUUUUUUUCUUUAUGUGCAUUUGCAGGCACCAAACUCAAGCAGUCACAGAUACAAGCUCACAGCUCCACAAGUCAGAGUUCCAAAAGUACUCCAGCUACAGUAGCACAGGCUGCUGCAAAGAUCUGCUUGUGUGGGCUCAUUUCUCUCAGCAGUGUUUCCCUCUCUUGCAGAACCAGGGGACCCUCGAACUGCUGUACAUUAGAACUCACCAGGUGACGCCUUUCAGGCAAUCUUGAAUCAGAGGUGAGUUCUGCUAAUCUUAUGCAGAGUAAUAUCUUUAGUAGCAUUAAUCUCACAGAAACAUGGUGUUUGUAGCUCAGAAGAGAGGGCAUUUAGCAUUUGGGCUGAAUCUUUAAAAAGCCAAUAAACCUGUCUUACAAAAGACUUAAUUUACCAGGUAAACAGCUUGCAAAGAUCACUAGUCUUGGGGCUGUUACUUUAUGUGCUGGCAACAUCCCUGACUGUAGGGCUGUUGAGUUAAGGAGAGGCUUAAGGAAUUAAGCCUCUCCUUAACUUGGAGAGCUAACACUGCAAAACCCCAUCAACUCUUGCAAGGGAGUGUGAUGGAAGGGGCUGACAGAGAAUUGGUGACACCUUCCUCUGAGAGUAAUACAAAUAUAGUGCAUUAAUGAAAAUCCUCCAUGUUUCAGUAAGUCGCUUGAAAUGGGGAAAGGAAGAAGUGCUGCCAUCUGAUGAUGUGACUGACAUCUAAAGAACAAGAUGAGGCUUAACUGAAACACAAGUUCUGAAGUACUCAUUGAGACUCAAAUCCUUACUUUUGGGACAGGUCCAACCCAAGCCAAACAACUCUGAUGCUCAGUCUGCAACCUGAGCCUAAAUGGCACAUUUGACAAAACAAAUUUUAUUUCUCUCAUGGGUUUCUCCAGAAACCCCAAUUCAAGCACUAAAUCACUGAUGUAUUAGAAAGCUUAAUCCUUACACUGUUUCCAGAAGCCUCUUUGUAAUUGUCUUUUGAGUAUGCUUUUGAGUCCCCAUCAAUAUAAAUCUAGUAACAGAUGAUGUGUUCAAAUCCACCAGCUGUUGUGUUUAGGCCCUGACUCAAGACAAUCCUCUUCAGCAAAUAAAUAGAUUUGCCUUUGUCUGUCAUGGAUGCUUUACUACAACUCUUAUCUGUUAGCACUUAGGAUUUUGUCUGUCUCCUGGGUGCAUUAGGAUUUAAUUAUUUGCUGAGUAAAAAAUCUCAAUAUGUAUCCUUCCAGGCUGCCUUUAAAAAGAAGGCAACAUGGCAACUACAGAUAGUGCUAACUUUUAUUAUACCUUCUCCCUCACUUAUCCCUAUGAAAACAGAAAUGAGAAUUUUCAUAUUAAUAAGAGUCUUUCUGCCACAUAUGUAUUUUGUUGUUUUCAUCCUCGGCCUAACAGGAAAUGCACUGGUCUUUGUCAUACUAAGUUUCUACAUGAAACUGAAGACGCUGACAGAAACUGACGUACUUUUGCUGAACCUGGCUAUAGCUGACUGGGUUUUUCUUUGGAUGCUGCCACUCUGAGCAUACUCUGCUGCUCAGGAGUGGAUUUCAGGCACUGUGGCAUGCAUGGGGCUUGUAUACACUUCAAUGUUAAUUCUAAUGUCUAUCACCUUUGACCAGCUUAUUGCUGUUACUUUUGCCACCAAAGCACAGUGUCAAACCAAACAAAUGACAUGGGGCAAAUUAAUCUCUGUCUUGAUCCGGGUGAUCUCACAAGCAUUUGCUGGACCACACUUUGUUUUUUGGGAGGUUAAUUUUGAUAAUGAAAUAUGUCAGGAAGAAUACCCAAACUGUCACACAGAACAGGUUCUUGAAGUGAUCCAAGUGAGUCUUGCUUACUUUAUUCCCAUGCUUGCCAUGAUCAUCUGCUACUCACUAAUUAUUAAAACCUUACUGUGUGCUAAAAGUCUUCAAAAGAACAAAUCUAUAAUAUUUUCUGUAGUUGUCCUGUUUAUUCUUACCCAGAUACCCUAUACUUUCUUCAGAUUGAUAAAAAUCAUAGACUGGAGCUUUAAAUUGAACAGCAGCUUUGAAUAUGCAAUUACCAUAACAAAAGCUCUUGCUUAUUUUUAUGCCUGUCUUAAUCCCUACUUCUUCACAGGAAUGAAAAUCAGGAAGUACUAACACAAAGUUAUUAAAAAAUCAAGAUGUGCCAAAUGGUAAGUUACAGCUCAACAGUGGCAAACCAUCAAAGAGGAAGACUCUAAAUCUUUUACUGCUUUAUAUAGUGCAGAUGCCACAAACAUGUACUCACUAUAAAACUGCCUAGAAAAUCUGGUAACUAUUUUUCAGCUUCUUUUUUUCUGUCUGUUUUGUUUGUAAAUACUGAUGUGGGGAGUCUGAGUGAAAGAGGAAAUACCAUUACUAAAAACAUCGUGAUCAGCUUAGAACCAACCUAUUUUUAUCAUGAUACUUUUUAUUACUUCCUGCUUUUUCAGUCCAAGCUGGUAACUGAGUUAACAGUGCAGAUCUUCAAAAAGUAUAAAAAACAAUGAGAUAAAACUGCACUUUUCAUGACAUAAAGGUAAUUUGAAUUUCCUGACUCCCAAACCUCUUGCCUGCUGGUUUUCUAUGAAUGGUGUUUGUUAAUGAAAGCUUUUAUGAGUUGUUUCAAAUAUAUUACAUAUUUUAGUUCAGCCCAUUCACUUAAUGAGAAUUCCUAGAUUUUAAACAUAUAUAUUUCAAUUUUCAUGCUGAGUUUCAUGUGUGGUUGAGUUUUUUUGGAUGUUUUGGGGUUUUUUUUCCAUCUAGGACAAGGUCUGUAGACAAAAUCCUUUAGCAUUCAUCUAAAAUUUCUGUGAUAAAGUAGCGUUUUCCUCUGCCUUUCACUUACUAUCAGGUUCACGGUCUGAGUGUCCCAUACACAUCUCUUUCUUUAUUUUAUAACAGAGCUCAUGUUGCCAGAUUACCAGGCCCCUUGUGAACACCAGGAAUAUCAUAUCACACACACAUGGGCUCCAACAAUGAGCAGUGUUUCUGUAGAUGCAAACUCUCACACCCUGAUUCUCCACACAUUCUUUGCAUCAUGACAUCUUUCCAGUCUGUUUUUCCUGGCACCUUGGUUCCCUUGUCAUUAAACUGUGGAUUCCUUGGCUGUUUUCCAACCUUGUUCCACCAGUUCUCCCUUUCCACUUCUGGCCUUUUCACUUUCCAGUUGGAGGGAAAAAGAUGUGCAGGGGGCAGAAAAGUGUGCAAAAGCUCUUGCACAAAGUAGUAGAGCAGGUGUGAGACUGGAACAGGGAAAAGAAAGAAGGGAUGUUGCAGAGGAGCAAAGGGAGGACUUUACACAGCUGUGGGCUGCUUGCAAUAAAAGCAGGGUUGGGUGUGGCCCAAAGGGUCAAAAUCCUUUGCAUUACACCUUUGAAAUACCAAUUUUAACUACUUCAAACCAUUCUUGCAAAAACCACACUCUCUGGAUGGUCCUUUACUCCCCAUUAAUACCCAGACCUUCCUAUAAGAGCACUGCAGCUCAGAGGAACCUGACCCUUUUUGGCAGCAGUGUGCCCAUCUCACCACUUUUCCCUUUAGGAAACAACUCCUUGGGCAAUCCUUUCCUUACUACACAAUUGUUUCUCCCACAGCGAAAUAUCCUUAAAAACAAACCUACAAAGCAAUGUGGUGUGACUGCAUGUGUAAAGGUGCCAUCUCAACACACAGCUGCAAGGUGGCAGGGUGCUCCAGCACAGGGUGGCAAGAGGUGCUCCUGUCCCCUCUCCUUCCUGGCUGGUUCUGCACUGGGCAGGGAACACUUCAGACAACAUGCACUUCCCCCUUUCAGCUAUGCCGCACCCUGCCCAGCCACAUGAGUUGUAAUUAGGCCAGCAAAGAGUGUUAUGAGUCAUCAAGAAAAAAAGCAAUCCAAACAAAAGCAACCACUAUGCAGACAGGCUGAGACGUUCUUUCUACCACUACCAAGAUGUGAAUAAACUUUGUUCCUGUACCAGGCUAGUGGCAACUUUGGGGUUUUUUCACUCUUCUGCUGUCUGUGACCUUGAUUUUGCUGCUGCAACAUUGAUUACAGGCAUGUUAUGCCUACAACACAUAAAAAUGGAAACACAGUGCACUGGUUUAUCCUGGGGCCCUUUGUUUUAUAAUACAAUAUGCAAAUGUACUUUAGAAAUAAGAGUUCAAAAUACAACACUUCAAAAGAAAACCCCUGCGCCUUGAAGUAGCAAGAUGUAUCACAAUUGCACAAUUAAUCUCAGCUUCUCACAUUCAAGAUUUUGAUCAGGUUGGUCCAAACGCACAUAACAAACUUGAAAGGAUGAACAAACUGCUGCUUAAUCCUAACCUUUAGGAAAUAGCUACUUCAAGGUCAGCCAGACUUAUGUUGGUACAAUCAUCUCUCUUAUUCUGCCACACACCUCUGCAGAUGAUGACUAAGGCGAGUUUUAAUUGAUUCUCAACUGAUCGGUACCCAUCUCAAGAUUUGCUCUUAUGAAAGAAUUUUGUUGUAAUUGUUUCAUGUCACUUCAAGGAAAGAACAACAGUGGCAGGGCUAAGACACCAAGUGAAAAAUAGAGUAAAAGUACAGUAGGCACCAUAAGGGGGACAAAUAGGAACAGGAAUGUCCUUUAAGAUAAUUCACUGCUUUGAAGACCAACUUGCAUUUUUAGUCCAGCAAGGACUCACACCUAGUAUUAUAGGUAUGGUCAGUGUGAAAAACUCUGCUGUCAGCCAGAGAGAGAGAUCAUAAGAAACUAUGUCAACAAAGCAUGUCAAUUGCAGAUCUUCUACUUGGACAGCCAGCCUCCCUUCUCUUCCCUCUCCUUCAUUUUUAAAGCUCCACCAGCUGGUUUAAAUCUCUGGCAAAAUCAAAAUAGCUUGGAUUAUUUUCAGCAGAUCUCAAUAAAGAAGUUUAGCUGGAAAACUGACUUAUUUGUAUGCUUUCCUCAGAACUGCAUCUAGCAACCACAAUCUUAGAUUCUUUGUGUGUUCCCCAGACAGUAUAUCUAAGAAAAUUCUACUCCAAAUAUUCAAUUUAAUGCAAAGAGAACAUUAUUGGAAUGCCAGUGGAGACUAUGUGAUGUUUCCACCUAGAAAUCAGGCCACAUUUAGCUGGACACUUUAGAAAGAGAAAGAAUAAAGAUGAUACGUCUAUAUGAAGUUCAAGGUGGUCAGCCCAGUACAGCCAAGAAAUCUGCAGCAAUCAAAUCAGUAGCUCAGAAAGUCACUGAACUGCAGGUCCUUGAACUGUGGGAGAAAACACUGUGGAAAAUUUUUAGUACAUCUCUCAAGGGCUGCUGUUAAAGAUAGGACAGAGGGUCAGCAGACAAUACAGUGGCUCUGGCACAUUUACUCACAAACAACCCAAGUAUCUCAUGCUGCACUUCCUGCUCCUUCCUGUGCUAAGUGACACUCAAGCUUUGGGUACAGGUGUACACCUCACCACUGAAACAAGUGAGAAGACCUGUGUGCUGUCACAAUCAGCACUGUGCCAUGCUGUUUUUCUUUAACAUUCACCACAGGCAUCACACCAUCAUCUGAAUCAUGUAUCAGUUUCUAGAUCUCUCCCAUAACACAAACCCACAAUCAACAAAUCAUCUGCAAUGCAAGAAGGCCAUUCUCCUCUCCAGUGCUCAGGCUAGUGAGCCUGAGCCUUCCAAACAUUACAGGUGUCAUGGGAAAGGGCAGGUGUCAUUUGUGUUCUCUGCAAAGAAUGUCUCAAGUUCAAAGUACAGCCACAGUUCAAAGACUCACCCACCUGCUCAUGAAACUGCUAACAAAAAGCAACAGAGGAUAAAGCACUAUUUCCUGGCUCUCCUGCUUAUAAUCUCACAACAAGGGAAUCUGGACAACCUUUAAAAGUUUACAUGGUGUAAGUAAGUUGUUCCAUGGGUGCUCUUCAAGAAUAGUAUCUUCUUGUUAGUGGCAAUCCUUCCUUUCUGCCUGAAUACUUUGUCAGACAAGAUGAAUUUAGACCAAUCUUGAAUUAAAACAAAUGGUGACCCACACUUAUUUCUCAUCUCCUUGUUGUUUUCUUCAGAGCUAACUCACCUGUAAUAUACCUCCCGCAGAUAGCAUGAAUCAAAAGAAGUAGUACACUUCACUUUUUUCUUCAUAAAACAAACAAAAAUUCCCCCCCACAAACUGUCCUUUUGAAAAACAAAGGCAAUACUAAAUUCAGUUCAUUCAUGUCCACCCAGCACAUGAUAAGCUGGAAUACACCGUCAGUGUUACCUGUCUACAAGGUAGGCAGAAUAUAUUGAAGGUAUUUACCAAGAAACAAAUAUGUAGAAUUUUGAAAAGUCUUUUUUUACCAAAUAAACAACUCUGUACUCUCUGUCUUCAACCCAAACUGCAAGUCAUUGUGGUUUAUACCGGAAAUUUGUCUGUUUGGUGCAAAGUGUCUAGGUCUGCUUUCUCAGCAGCAGAUUAUUUACUCUGUGACUAUUUUCAGUUCAGCAUUUAGAUUUAUCCUGUCUAUUUUUUCUGCUUGGAAGCAAAACAAGUACAUAAUUUAGGUGAAAUUUCUCUUUUUGUUUUUUCUUCUCAAAAGACAAUAUAUUUUAAAGAACAGAAUUUUUGUAAAACAUUUGAAAAUAUCUGAACAAUAGUAAAACAAUAUUUUUGCUAAAAAAUAGAUACAGAUUAAAAUAUAAUACUACAAUGUUAUUUGCAAACCAAGUAUUUGGACAUUCAGAUGGCCUUAAAUCCUUUUCAUUGGUAAUUUAGGUAGAAUUAAAUAUUAAGCUAUUACUGAAAUCUGCACUCACCCCCAUUUUCUUCAAAAAGAAAAGAACAAACUUGUGCCAGAUUUAGCUACACAAUUGUUCUUUUCUGUAAGCUGUCAUUUCUAAGGUAGUAAGGAAGUCUACAUACACAGAGAGCCUGAAUGCUGACUUUAAUGGUGACAGCUGGCCUGAUGACAGCACAGAGCUGGGACUACUCCCCUGUGUUGUGGUGAAGCAGGUGGAGAGAGUGCAUGGAGUGGUUUAGAUUUACUAGACUGAAUGCUGACUGUGCAAACAGACCAAAAUGAUCUUGUGUUGUUCUACUGAACACGUGGCCUGGGAACAGACGUCUUCACUUUACACAGAGGUUGACUGCUCUCACUGAAUGGGAGAAAAAGAACAUUCUAAAGCCAAUUCCAAAGAGUCCCCUCUUUGAGAAGUAGUGAU